AAACCGGCUCACUCCCCUCAGUGCCACUCAGCCCCUAGCGACAUAAAAGCAGCUCUCUGCCCACUCACCGACAACCAUGGCCCACCACAAUGCCAUCCUCAUGCUCCUCGCCCUCGCCGUGGCCGGCGCCGGCGCGGUCAAGCCGCGGCAGCUGUUUCUGGUGAGCCCAGCGCCCGUGACACUCACCAACCACCACGGCCAGCUCCUCACCGGCAACCACUCAGUGAACCUGCUGUGGUACGGCCGAUUCACCCCGGCGCAGCGCGCCGUCGUGGCCGACUUCCUCCUCUCCCUCUCCGCCCCGGUUGCCUCCGCCUCCGCGCCGUCCGUGGCGUCGUGGUGGGCCACCACCUCGCGGUACCAUCCGGGCGCGGCGCGGCUCACCCUCGGCCGCCAGGUGGUCGACCCUUCCCUCUCUCUCGGCCGACGGCUCUCGGAGACCUCGCUGGCGUCACUCGCCGCCCGCCUCUCCCCGCACCGCGGCUCCGUGGCCGUCGUGAUCACGGCCCCCGACGUCCUCGUCGACGGCUUCUGCCUCUCCCACUGCGGCCUCCACGCGUCGGCCACCUCGGCCCCCGCGCCGGCGGCGGGCGGGGCCACCCGCGGCCGCGGCCGAUUCGCGUACGUGUGGGUCGGGAACUCCGCGGAGCAGUGCCCGGGGGAGUGCGCGUGGCCGUUCCACCAGCCGUCGUACGGUCCGCAGGCGCCGCCGCUGGUGGCGCCGAACGCGGACGUGGGGAUGGACGGGGUGGUGAUCAACCUUGCCACGCUGCUUGCCGGCGCCGUGACCAACCCGUACGGCGGCGGGUUCUUCCAGGGCCCAGCCGAGGCGCCACUGGAGGCCGUGACGGCGUGCACAGGCGUGUUCGGGGCGGGCGCCUACCCUGGGUACCCCGGGCAGCUGCCGGUGGACGCCGCCACGGGGGCCAGCUACAACGCCGUCGGUGUCGCCGGUCGCCGGUUCCUGCUCCCGGCCAUGUGGGACCCCAAGACCUCGCAAUGCUCCACUCUUGUGUAGUAGAUCGCUAGGAGGAUGAGAUUGAAAUGGGCAAAAUGGCUGUGGCUUAGUGUAAGGAUCGAAGGUUGGGAGCUGAGAGACUCGUUGGGGACCUUAUGGUCCUCUUGAUCUGGUGGUGUCUUUGUUCUAGCUUUUGUGGAUAUUUGUUGGUCGGAACCCCUAAAAAAGUAGUUGUAAAAAUUUGUCUAGUCGUGUACACGGCAUUGUUCCU